UCUUCCGGUUGUGUGUCGAUCUCUAGGUUCGGUAAAACAGCACUGUGGAUUGCCGCGAUGUCAGUGCAGGUUGUAGCAGCGAAAAUGGCUGAGGUCGAGCUAAAAGACGUCCCCAAGAAAGAAUUGCCCGUCGUUUCACCUGUUACAUCGAAGACAGAUGAAAAAGGCCCGUUCAACAACGAGGCUAAUGUUUCAGUGAUGUCUCCCAUGUCCGAGCCCGGUGUCAGGGGCGACCCGAGUCCUGUGAGCCCGAACCCGGUCAAGAUGCCUCAAGCGUCCGCGAUGAAGCGACCGGACCCGCAACAAAACGGCGGCGAGGCGUUCAUUAACAGUGACGGCACGGUCGCCGAGGCUCCUCGCAUGAAAAAGCAGAUCCAGUUUGCAGACCAGAAGCAGGAGUUCAACAAACGGCCCACCAAGAUCGGACGCCGCUCUCUGUCUCGCUCCAUCUCUCAGUCUUCUACAGAUAGCUACAGCUCAGCUGCCUCCUACACCGAUAGCUCGGAUGAUGAGACCUCUCCUCGAGACAAGCAGCAGAAGAACUCCAAGGGCAAUGGAGAUUUCUGCAUCAAGAACAUCAAGCAGGCUGAGUUUGGUCGCAGAGAGAUAGAAAUUGCUGAGCAAGAGAUGCCUGCUCUCAUGGCUCUGAGGAAAAGAGCUCAGGGAGAAAAGCCCCUGGCUGGAGCUAAAGUGGUGGGCUGCACUCACAUCACUGCCCAGACUGCUGUACUGAUGGAGACGCUGUCUGCAUUGGGUGCUCAGUGCAGGUGGGCUGCUUGUAACAUCUAUUCCACCCAGAAUGAGGUGGCAGCUGCACUUGCAGAGGGAGGCUUCUCUGUGUUUGCUUGGAAGGGUGAGUCUGAGGAUGACUUCUGGUGGUGCAUUGAUCGCUGUGUGAACGUGGAGGGUUGGCAACCCAACAUGAUUCUGGAUGAUGGUGGAGACCUGACACACUGGAUCUAUAAGAAAUACCCCAACAUGUUCAAGAAGAUCAAAGGCAUUGUGGAGGAAAGUGUGACCGGAGUUCACAGGCUGUACCAGCUGUCAAAGGCUGGCAAACUGUGUGUGCCUGCCAUGAACGUCAAUGACUCAGUCACCAAACAGAAAUUUGACAACCUCUACUGCUGCCGCGAGUCCAUUCUGGACGGUCUGAAGAGGACCACAGAUGUGAUGUUCGGAGGGAAACAGGUGGUGGUGUGUGGUUACGGAGAGGUUGGAAAGGGCUGCUGUGCUGCUUUGAAGGCAAUGGGCUCUAUUGUGUAUGUCACAGAAAUUGACCCUAUUUGUGCUUUGCAGGCCUGCAUGGAUGGCUUCAGACUGGUCAAACUGAAUGAGGUCAUCAGACAAGUGGACAUUGUCAUCACCUGCACAGGGAACAAGAACGUGGUGGUGAGAGAAAACCUGGACCGUAUGAAGAACGGCUGCAUUGUCUGCAACAUGGGCCACUCCAACACUGAGAUCGAUGUGGCAAGUUUGAGGACCCCUGAGUUGACCUGGGAGCGUGUGAGAUCACAGGUGGACCAUGUGAUCUGGCCUGAUGGCAAGAGAAUAGUGUUACUGGCAGAGGGUCGCCUCCUCAACCUAAGCUGUUCUACUGUACCCACAUUCGUCCUGUCCAUCACAGCCACAACCCAGGCUCUGGCUCUGAUAGAGCUGUACAAUGCUCCAGAGGGCCGCUACAAACAGGAUGUUUACCUGCUGCCUAAGAAGAUGGACGAGUAUGUGGCCAGCCUUCACCUGCCCACAUUUGAUGCCCACCUCACUGAGCUGAGCGAUGAGCAGGCCAAGUAUCUAGGCCUAAACAAAAAUGGUCCCUUCAAGCCAAAUUACUACAGGUAUUAAAGCACAUCACCAAUGGAAAAUGAAGAUUAGAGAAUUUAGCCAGACUCAUCAAUCCAGGGGAAGCUGGGGUUCAGCCUCUCUCUCGGAGAGGGGGGGAGGGGGGGGAGAGGCUCUGUGCUGAUUGGCUGUAGCCUUGGGCAUGGCUUGCAAUGGCUGCAGCAGUUUUUAUUUAUUUUCUGCUACAAAUAGCAUAACUCUAAUCCUUUUAUGAGCUGCUACUGCUAGUGGCCCAUCCUAGCAUCAUCUUUAUUGAAAUUUCAGACUUUCAUCCUCUUUAGAUUCUUGUGUUAGUUGUACCUAAUCCAAUUAGAGAUCUUUUGUUUAAUCUUGGCUAAGCUGAUUUGACAAAGCUGGAAAAAAAAAACAUGUACCAUUUUUGACCUUUAAUGAUUAUUGUGUUGGACAUGCAGUAUGUCCUUUUGUCUUUAUUUUCUAAGUCGGGGGGGGGGGGGUCCUUCUUUCUAUGAAAUGGUGGGUUCAGACACGGUUAUGGCUGGGUCCAAGGGUCCCAAUUAUAUAUUUUCUUUCCUUUGUUCACAUAAUUGAGAAGUGAUUAUUUUAUUUUUUAAAAAUUGAUUUUUACUCAAAUUUUAGGAUUUGUAUUUUUUCUUCCAGUUCUUAAUCACAAUAAGCAAGACUCAUUUUAACUGACACCGAUAAACGUGGGGGCACAGCCACUCUUUACCCUGCUGUCACUACAACUGGAUACGGAUUAUUUCCAUGACCAGACUGUAACCAUCUCAGUGUGUCUCCCAAAGAGGCUCAUGCUGUUUCGAUAUUGAAAUGAAGCCAGUAUUAAUGUUUUAAAAAUGUUCCCUCUAUUAAGCAUUUCUCCCACUCUAGUUCUUGAUUUUCAUAUUAUGUUAUUGCAGAUGCUUUUCAGGCUGUAUAAUCCUUCACAGGGGUGUAUAUUUAAAUAUUUAUACAGAAAACUUAAGAUUUUUCUAUCUUCUACUUCCUCUUUCUGUUCCCAUGAAAUCAUCCUGUAUUAAUAUAGAGAGAAGCAAAUUAAAUGUUCUAUUACAUUUUAGUGUAAUGUUAAAUGUACUGAAAAGUUCGAUUUAUAUACUGUGAAGUAAAGAUUAUUUUGAUGAAAUACCAAAUGUAUAGUCAGGCCGGUACCCAGUUUCUUUGCCAGGCUCUCCAGGAUUUGUGUAAAGUGGGGGGGAUUAGGUGGAACAAAGAGUGACGUCUGUGCACAUUUCAGUGUUUUAAGGGGAGUUUGGAACAAACUGCUUCGAUAUAACUGCUCUCAAAGCUGCCUUGGCUGAAUGGCCUAUUGAAAUUUGACAAAAUCUGGCUCUUUAUUUCACUACACUUUUAAAAUGACCUUUAUGACAGGUGACUGUUUCAUCUUUGAUCAACUCUGUAUGUUUCUUAUAAAGGGAGUGAAUCGUUUCUUCAGACUCCAUAUUGCUGUGCGUCCUGUGCCAUUUUCUUCUUUUACUACUACAUAGCAAAAUAGAGAGCAACAAUACACAAGUCUUAGAUUUUAGUGUUAUUACAUCAGAUUCACACAUCUCUACAAUCCAAAUACCUGGUUUUGGAUGUUUAUUCUGAUUAUAACAGUGUUAAGCAGGUCUCACCUCGCUUGUUGUCCUAGGUUGUUGCCAAGCUCAGCAUUACUAUACUGCAAACCCUUCAUUAAAUCCCUCUGCAGUCACUCUAAUGAUGUAGUAUUUUAUGCCCCUAAUACACUUGGUGUUAAGUUUAUGUACCGAAGCUCCAUACUGUAUCACCAACUGUCAGUUUCUCCCAUCUGUCUGUGUUUAGUCAACGGCACUUGUGCUGACCUUGAUGUGGCUUAAAUUUUUUAAUUUCUUUUUUUUUUUCUGUCUGCGUUUGGGUGUGCAUACAUUUUUAUGUGUGUUUGAGGGGGCUCGUGUGUGUACAGGUUUUUUUGCAAGGCCGGAAUUUUGUCGCAGUGUUGCUGUUGACUCAGGAUCCGAGCCUGUGUCUAAGGCUGACAUGAUCAGUGGUCCCACAGCAGCACGUGCAGCGAGUUAACACCAGCAUCUCGUGUAGAAACGAGCUUCAUAGGAACUCAAUCAGAUCCACUCCUGUAUUUAUUGUAUUCAGUACAAAUAAGAGAAUCUUUAAUGUUACUUUUGUCAAAACAAUGUUUAAAUAUUUCAAAUUGAUGGUAGAUGAGCAAUAAUCAAUAUGUAACCUGAAAGAAUAAAAUAAAAGUCAUAAAAAUGUAUUGGAGGAAAUGUUCA